UUGAAAAAUGGAUCCUGAAGAGGUUGAAUUUUUGGGUGAGAAACAACUAGUCACGAUUGUCCCACUGACCACAGACGAUGACUACCUUAAACUAAUUUCGGGUGAUUUUGGCCCAUUUCGUAUGGGUAUGCCUGUUAAAGUACCGUUAUGGGUUGCUGUCCAAUUAAAGCGACAAAAACAUUGCAAAAUACAACCCCCUGAUUGGAUGGAAAUCGAGACUUUGGAGGCGAUUAAAAACGAAGAGAAACUUUCUAGGAACUUUACGAAAAUGCCCAGUAAGUUCUACAUGGUCGAAGCGAAACAAAUUUUGGGGUGCGCCUCUGAUGAUAUUUCACGUGCGGAUGAAAUAAGAACGAUAAUUAAAGAUAUUUGGGACAUAAGAAUGUCAAAAUUGAGGUCUUCAAUUGAUUUAUUGGUUCGGAAUAAUGGGGCUUCUGCUGUCGUUACAAACUUAACUUUGAUGGAAAUUAAUUCGAUUAGACCGAUUUUACCACACACUUUAGAUCAGAUACGCCGAAUGAAAAACUUUAAACCGUUUCACGGCUGGCGUUCCCAGGACACAUCCUUUGUAUCAGAUUCACGGAGCUCCACUAGUUUUCACUCUUGAUUAUGUAUAAAAUCCAAAUAAAAUCUUUGAAAUCUG